AUACAGAACAGUAGCUCGCUAGCUAAAAGGAGGUUGACUAAUUUAUGUCGAGAAAACUCUAAUUAUUAAAGUUUUCUGAAAAAAUAAGAGAGUCAGAAAUAUUAGUAUGUACGAAUUAUUUAUCAAGUAGUCAAAUCAGCUCCAAAUGUGUUUAAACAUUUUUUUAAAAUAAUGUUUUAACCAAAGAUGGUAGUAACCACUAACCAUUUUAUGUUUCCUAUCGGACCUGUUUUGUAGAGGACCUACAGGGAAGUGUUUCGAAAUGUAUUAACGCAGCAAGGUUGUUAUUUUUUUGCAAUAAAGUGUGAUAAUGGCUGCACCAGGUCCCAAUAAGGACAACAUCAGAGCUGGGUGCAAGAAAUGUGGUUACCCGGGCCACCUGACAUUCGAGUGCCGUAAUUUUGUGCGUGUGGACCCCCGGAAAGACAUUGUCCUAGAUGUAAGCAGUACAAGCAGCGAAGAGAGUACAGAGGACGAGCAGGAGGAUCUGCCUCAUGACAAGCUGGGUCGGGAAGGAAAAGACUCAAAAGGUCCCCAGGAGGACACCAGGAAAGUUAAACACAAGAGGAGGAAGAGUAAAGACAGAAAGUCUGAAAGAAAGAGGUCUUAUUCAUCGAGUGACGAAGAGGAGAGCAAGAAGAGAAAGAAACACAAAAGCCACAAGAAAAAAGGCAAAAAGGAAAAGAAAGAAAAGAAGGAACGUCACAAGAAGAAGCAGAAGAAGAAAGGUGAACCGUCCUCGUCUGACAGCUCCAGCGGGUGCUCUGACACUGAUUGAGAAGAUGGAACGUUCAAGGGACAGAUUUACUGAAGUGUUUGUUUACUCGUCAUUUUACGGAGGAAUCGAUCGAGCUAAAGACAUUAGAUUGUAUUUCGAUCCACUUUACCUUUAAGAUAUUAUUCCUUUUUCUUCAACUUUGAUUUUCUUUUCUUUGAUGUUUUAUGUCCUGUGGAAAGUAAUAGGUGCAGACACUGAGUAUAUCUGGCCCUUGUGUGUCACAGAAUCAAGGACCAUCUGUAAGGCUGGUCAAUAUAGCUUCUGCUACAAAUGAAACAAUGGACCCAGAUUUACUGUCACUGGUUUGACUUUGGUGAACACUGAAACGUUUGGAUGGAAUUUGUUUUUAAAAGGCAUUAUGUAGAUUGAUAGCGUCAAGAUUUGACCAUUUAUUAGUGAACCAUCUGAACUUUUUAUUUUCCAAGUGUUGAUCUUUCAAGUUACCAGAAUGGGAUAGGCAAAUGUAGUAAGCAAGACAUUUCUGUAUUUUCCAUUUUUAGGAAGGUAUUAAGGUGGUAAUGCAUCCAGAUUUGAUGUCAUUCAUUUAGUAGAAAACUGUAAUAAAACAAUCCUAUUACA